AUGGACAGGGCGUGGGACAGUGAAGUGGUUUAUGGACAGGGCAUGGGACAGGGAAGUGGUUAUGGACAGGGUGUGGGCCAGGAAAGCCAUUAUGGACAGGGAAGCGGUUAUGGACAGGGCGUGGGACAAGGAAGUGUUUGUGGACAGGGCGUGGGACAGGGAAGUGGUUAUGGACAGGACGAGGGAUAUGGAAGCGGUUAUGGUAAGGGUGUGGGACAAGGAGAAGCAGUUUAUGGACAGGGCAAGGGACAGGGAAGCGGUUUUGGACAGGGCGUGGGACUGAGAAGUUGUUAUGGACAGGGCGUGGGACAGGGAAGCAGUUGUGGACCUGGAGUGUAUAAGCGCUUAUGGACAGGGUAUGUGCCAGGGAUGUUGUUAUGGACAGAGUGUGGGACAGGGAAGCAGUUAUGGACAUGGAAGCGGAGGUGGACAGCGAAGUGGGUAGGGCCAGGCGUGGGACAUGGAAGCAGUUAUGGACAGGGCGUGGGACAGGGAAGCGGUUAUGGAUAG